CGAAGCCAAAGAGCAUCUGCUUCAAAGCGGUCCGCGCACGCGCAGGAGGGAAGGAUGCAGCCUGUGUUCAGACAACAGCCGCGGCUCUGAGGAGGAGACACAACCGGCGUGGACCCGAGUGGACGCGGCGGCACCGACACCAGGACCUCACCGGGGACCGGAGCGACCAGAGUCCGGGCUGCAGCUCCCUCCGGGCCGGACCGAACCUCCUCCUUCUUCCCCAGCGCUCCGACUGAGCGGUUCCCACCGGGAGUGAAGAGGAGGGAGGAUGAAGAAAAGCAACCAAAGCAGACGGGGCUUGCAGGACUCCGGUCCGCUCGCCGUCCAGCAGCCGGAGAAGGCAGGUUGGAUCAGGAAGUUCUGCGGUCGAGGGAUUUUCAGGGAGCUGUGGCGGAGCAGGUACCUGGUGCUGAAGGGAGAUCACCUCUACAUCUCAGACAAGGAGGUUAAAGAUGAGCGUAAAGCCCAGGAGGUGUUUGACCUGGCUGAUUACGAGCGCUCAGAGGAGCUGAGGAAGGCGAAGAGUCGGAGCAAGAAGAACCACAGUCGCUUCACGUUGCUGCGCUGCAAGCAGCGAGGAAACACGGUUCCUAACCUGGUGUUUCUGGCUGUGAGUCCGGAGGAGAAGGAGUCCUGGAUCAACACGCUGAACGUGGCUAUAAUCAGGGCCAAGAACAGAGUUCUAGAUGAGGUGACCAUUGAGGAGGACAGCGCUCUGGACCAUCUGACCAGAGAUCGGGCCAAGAUCCCUCACAGCCGCCGGCUGCCGACCAGAGGACACCUCAUGGCCGUGGCCUCCACAUCCUCCCACGGCAUGCUGACCCUUGACCUGGUUGCUGAAGAGGACGGUUUCUGCCUUGAAUAUGACGACGACGAAUCCUGGGAGGACAGCUUCCGGGUCGACCUGCAGAAAGAGGGCUCCGGAGGCGGGAUCGGGGGUCGUCAGCGGGCAGGAACCGACGUCUCGAAGCUGCGGGUGAUGACCAAAGAGCCCAAAGUGAAGACGGGGAGCCUACCGAGAGGCAGCGAGCGCUCCUGGGGCAAACAGUCACACCUGGACGCCUCCAAAGUCCAAAAGAACCAGCAAGUCCAGGUCCUUCAGGCCCAGUCUCGAACGCCGCAGCCAGGGAAGAGGUUCAGCAUGCAGGGUCGGAGUCGCUGCGCCUCCAUGGAUGAAGUCCUGUCCUCCAGACCAGCAAUGAUUCGGUCAGAGUUUCGUUCGGCUCUUCGUCGCUGUCCGACCGAAGAGGAGGCGGGCAGCGGCUCCUCCGCCCAGCCUGUCGGCCAGCUGCAGAGCCUCAUCGCCCAGAGGAUGCAGAGAGCCCAGGAGCUGCUGGAGGAAAUGAGGCUGCAGGAGCUGCAGAAGGCCAAAGCAGAGAGAGAACGAGGCGGCAGCUCAACGUACCUGAAGGGGAUCAACUCCCCUCGGCUUCACCACCUCAGGGGCUCAGACUCUCCCCACUCCAGCAGAUCGUCGGGGUCUCCGAGGAGCAGGAGCAGCGACUCGCCACGCCUCCGGGGCAAAGACUCGCCUCGCCUCAGAGGAAGAGAGUCUCCUCGAUCUAAAGCCAAGAAGAACCGCUCCAAAGCCGCCGACUCACCUCGCUCCAGAGGGUCUCACUCUCCUGCAGCUAAAGCCGCCGACUCCCCUCGCCUAAAGGAUCCGAGCGGCUCUCCUCGAUCGAAGAGCUCCGACGCUCCAAAACCGAAGGGGUCAUCGGGUUCCAACAGAAAGGAUUAUUCUCCUCCACAGAAGACUCCCGAGACGCCGCCAUGUUUGAAUAGAUCCAAUUCCUGUCAGGCGGAGGGAUCCGGUUCGUUGCAGGGCAGCGAGACCGACUCCCCUCAUCUGGGCAUCAUUAAGGAGAACCAGCAGAACCAAAACUCUCCUGGUCUGCACAGAUCCUUCGACUCCGCGCUGCCCAAAACCCCCGACAAGCUCCGCGUCUCUCCUCCUCUGGAGCCGCCCGAAGAGGAUCAGGAGGUGGAGAGGCGGCGUGCCGAGGCCGAGCGGCUGCUGGAGGAGGCGGUGUCGUCCUGGAAAGAGGCGCAGGAGGUCCUGCAGGAGGUGAAGGAGCUGCAGAGCCAGACGCUGAGGCGGCAGCGCAGGAGGACCUACGAGAAGAUGACGACGUCGGCGGCGGCGGCUUUGCAGCCUGCGGCAACCGCAUCCGGAGAGGAGGACGACACUCCGGCCUCCCCGACGUCACCGGAGGACGAGGAGGAGUCCGAGACUCCUUGAUGAGAACAAACAUCCGGCAGCGCUUCUCUGCAUGCUUACACUGCAAAAAAAACUAAAUCUCACCCCAUUUUUUUGGUCCAGUUUCUAGUUAAAAUAUCUUAGUGCUCUUG